AUGAUGGAGGCUACCUCGACCGACCAGUUUCCCUUGUGGGACUCUCCCUUCAGAGGCAAGACCAAGUCUUGGAUGUACAAGGGAGCCGGUGCCACGGAGUCAAAGUCAAAGUCAACGUCAAAACCAGAACACGACGGGACGUUGGUCUUCCCGUCGGUCUCGAAGUGGUUGCCGCCACGGGAUGAGCACAGCGACUAUUGGUGGAACAUGGCCGGGCCUCACUUUGCAACCCUUUUCCGCAACGCCGGCUACAGCCUGGAGGAGCAGUACGAGGCCUUGCUAUUUGUCUAUCACCAGGUUAUCCCGAGACUGGGUGCCGCCCCUGGGUCCAGCGACUCGGCGGCGGCGGCGGCGGCGGGCGGGGACAGCGGGCUCUCCCUCGACAACACGCACAUCGAGUACAGCUGGCGGUGGAACGAAGCCGACACGAAGCCCGAGAUACGGAUGGUCAUGGAGCCCUUCAGCCGGUUCGCCGGCACCUACCUGGACCCCCUGAACCUCAGGCCGGCGACCGAGAUGCUCUACUCCAUGACACCACAGGUCCCCUCGCUCGACAUGAGCCUGUUCAACCACUUCGUCGCCAAGUUCUACGACGCCGCGCACCACAAGUACCUCGAGACCAACGAGCGACCCGUCAUGACCAACGUCUGCCUCGGCUUCGAGUUCCUGGGCCACGACAUCCUCCCCAAGGCCUACUUCUUCCCGCGCAAGCUCGGCCACGUCGGGAUCACGCCGAUGGCCGUCUGGGAGGACGCCAUCGCCACGGCCGUCCCAGGGAGCCCCAGCAUGGCCACCGUCUUCUCGUUCGUCAAGGACGACGCCCCCAAGCUCGGGCUGACGCUGACGCCGCUGUGGCUCGGCAUCGACAACGUCCGGCCGGCCGACGCGCGCCUCAAGCUGUACUGCGUCGAGUCGCGCACCUCGUUCGAGAGCGUCCGCACCGCCCUCACCAUGGGCGGCAGGAUCGCCGUCGAGGAGGGCAUGCUGGACGGCGUCUGGGACCUCAUGCGGGCCGUCUGCGCCCUGCCGGCCGACUUCCCGCGCGACAGGGACCUGCCGAGGGCGCCGGCGUACAACGCGGCGACGGACGGCGUCGACACGGCGGGGCUGUGGGGCACGUUCGUGUACUACUUCGACAUCGGGCUCGGCCGUAACGAGGGGGUGCCGGACAUCAAGUUCUACAUCCCCGUGUGCCACUACGGCGCCGACGACGAGGCGAUCGCGUCGGCUAUCACGGCGUGGAUGACGGGCCACGGGCGCGGGCAGUACGUAGACGCCUACUGGGACUCGCUGCGGCAGAUCAUCUCGCACCGGGGGCUGGAGGAGUCGCGCGGGGCGCACAUGUGGCUUUCGAUGAUGGUCAAGGGCGGGAGGUUGCAGGUGACGACGUACAUCGCGCCCGAGGGCCACCAUCCGAAGCGACAGCGGGGGGGUCAGAGGGCUCGUUCUGGGAUAGCAGAGCUUGUCACGCGCAAGUCCUGA